AUGGGACAUUAUAUAACAUUAGCUACCUGUAACCUAAAUCAAUGGGCAUUGGACUUUGAGGGUAACAGAGAUCGUAUCAUUACCAGUAUCAUUGAGGCCAAAAAAUUAGGUGCUACGCUAAGAGUUGGACCUGAAUUAGAAAUUUGUGGAUAUGGCUGUUUAGACCAUUUCUUAGAGAAUGACUUAUAUGACCAUUCGUGGGAAAUGUAUGGUCACAUAUUGACUAAUCCAAACACUCAAGACAUUUUGCUUGAUGUUGGUAUGCCAAUUAUACACAAAUCCAUUAAGUAUAAUUGUCGGUUACUCUCGUACAAUGGGAAGAUAUUAUUAAUUAGACCAAAGCUUUACUUAGCAAAUGACGGUAAUUAUAGAGAAAUGAGGUAUUUUACUCCUUGGAAUAGACCUAAAUACUAUGAAUCAUUCCAAUUGCCUAAAAAUAUUAGCUCUGUUACCGGACAAUCCAACGUGACGUUCGGGGAUUGUGUUAUACAAACGUUGGAAACCACCCUAGGGGCCGAAACAUGUGAAGAAUUAUUCACUCCCCAGUCUCCUCAUAUUUCUAUGGCGUUAGAUGGGGUUGAAAUCUUCACCAACUCAUCCGGAUCACAUCAUGAAUUGAGAAAAUUAGAUACGAGAUUACAGUUGAUCACAGGGGCCACCAAAAAAUGCGGUGGGGUCUACUUGUAUGCUAAUCAAAAGGGUUGCGAUGGUGACAGGUUAUACUAUGAUGGUUGUGCUUGUAUUAUUGUCAACGGUAAGGUCGUUGCGCAGGCAUCUCAGUUUUCCCUUCGUGACGUUGAAGUUGUUUCAGCUACGAUCGAUCUAGAUGACGUUAGGUCUUACCGUAACCAAAAGCUGUCUGCAUUCCAAUCUGUUUCUCAAUCAGAUUCAACAGUUUACCAUCAUAUUCCUACUGACAUCGAGUUGUCCCCAAAUAGUAAUGUUUUCAAUCCAAAUGUAAAACCUUCUCCUUACCGUGAUAUCAGAUACCAUCUACCUGAAGAAGAAAUCGCAUUAGGACCUGCUUGUUGGUUGUGGGAUUACUUGAGAAGAUCUAAAUGUGCCGGGUAUUUCUUGCCUUUAAGUGGAGGUAUCGAUUCUUGUGCUACUGCAGUUAUUGUUCACCUGAUGUGUAGAUUAGUUGUUAAGUCUUGUGAAGAGGGCGAUAAACAGGUUAUUUCUGAUAUUCAAUCUUUAACUCAUGACCCAGAGUUUGUUCCGAAAACACCACAAGAAGUUGCUGGUAGGUUAUUUUACACCAGUUUCAUGGGUACUGAAAACUCUUCGAAAGAAACUAGAUCGAGAGCUAAGGAGCUAUCGGAAAAAGUUGGGUCUCAUCAUAUCGAUAUGAACAUGGACUCUUUGGUAAGCGCUGUUGUCUCCGUUUUUGAAGUUGCCACUGGUAAAAAACCAAUUUUUAAGAUAUUUGGAGGUUCACAGACAGAGAAUUUGGCAUUACAGAAUAUUCAAGCUAGGUUACGUAUGGUCUUGAGUUAUCUUUUUGCUCAAUUGUUGCCCUGGACUAGAAACAUUUCAGGCGGUUUAUUGGUUUUGGGAAGUGCUAAUGUUGAUGAAUGUUUAAGAGGCUACUUGACUAAAUAUGAUUGCUCUAGUGCCGAUAUCAAUCCGAUUGGAGGAAUCUCCAAGACUGAUUUGAAGAGAUUUAUCGAUUGGGCUGACAAGAAUUUCGAAUUGCCUAUAUUACAUGACUUCUUAACUGCAACUCCUACAGCCGAAUUAGAGCCAAUAACUCAAAACUACGUCCAAAGCGAUGAAGUUGAUAUGGGUAUGACUUAUGAUGAAUUGUCCAGAUUUGGUAGAUUGCGUAAAGUCGAUAAAUGUGGUCCCAUGGCAAUGUUUAUUAAAUUGUAUCAUGAAUGGUCCCAGCCACCGCUUAACUUGACUGCUGAACAGGUCGCGGAAAAGGUUAAGAGGUUUUGGUUUUUCUAUGCCAUUAACAGACAUAAAAUGACUACAAUGACACCUUCCUAUCAUGCUGAACAAUAUUCUCCAGACGAUAAUAGAUUCGAUUUGAGACCAUUUUUAAUCAAUCCUAGAUUUCCAUGGGCCAGUAAGAAAAUUGAUGAAGCAGUCGAUAUAAUAAACCAAAGGACUGAAGAAAUUAAGAGAGCCAACCUAAGUGUUGAUUAA